UCAAAAAUCAACGAAAGAUAGCAACCAUAGAAAAAGAGAAAUCAUGUAUAAUAUGAAAAAUUCCAAAGUUCAGGAGCCAAGCCCUGCUCUGACAUUGUUAAAAGAAAAGAUGUCACAUUUCAUGACGGUCGAAGGGAUCGAAUAUGCCAUGAAAUUUGUUCCUCGUUCGACUGAUGUGAUUAUUAGCACUUCGCCGAAAUGUGGCACGACCUGGAUGCAACAGAUUCUCCAUCAACUACGAAGUGGUGGCGAUAUGAGCUUUGCAGAUAUCGGCGAGCAAGUGCCAUUCAUUGAUUUGUCUUAUUUUAUUGGGCAAGAUCUCGAUGCCGAACACAAAUAUCAACCGAGAUGUUUCAAGACCCACUUCCCAUAUGAAAGCUGCCCCAAAGGCGCAAAGUAUAUCGUAAUCUUUCGUGAACCCUGCGCCGCAUUCUACAGCUCGUAUAACUUCUUACAAGGAAAUUAUUUUCAAUCUCAAGAAAUAUCAGUUGACGAAUUUGUGCGAAGCUUUCAUCUGUCUGCAACUGGUGUGGGUUCAAAUUACUUCAAGCAUUUACUAAGCUGGUGGCCACAUAGAUACGAUUCCAAUGUGUUGUUUCUGUUUUAUGAAGAAAUGCUGGAAGAUUUGGAAAGUUCAGUAAGAGCGGUUGCAUCCUUCAUAGGCAUCGAUGAUGAAGCACGUAUAGCGAAUGCUGUGAAGAUGAGCAAAUUUGAUUUUAUGAAACAAAACCAAGACAAGUUUGCAUCGCAUCUCGUAUCUCGUUCUCGAAAUAAAGCAAUGGGGCUCCCUGAAGAGACCCGGUUGCAACGCAUUGCGACAGGCUCUGCUACGAAAGCCCUCGAGAUGAUGGAAGAGUGUACCAAAGAAGAUAUUCAAAAAAUGUGGACUGAGAUGAUUGCAGAAGAAAUUGACUUUAAAAAUUAUCAGGAGUUUAGAGAGACUUGGAAGAAGCAUUUCCUUGUAAAAGAACACAAAAACUAAGUAACCCAGGACAGCUAAUAACCGCAUUCGUAUAACCUUGCUGAAAAUGAUUUUAACAUUUGAGAAUCUAAACGUGAAUUGGGCAAUCUAUAUUCCAAAAUUAUCAACGUAAUAUAAAUUCCAUGCAGAAAAACCCGCCACUACAAACAAACGGAACGAACUCAACUUCGCACCGCCCAAAGGGACACGACGUGUAGCGGUGUAGCUAUGUCGCAGUGACAUAAAAAAUAUAAACGUAAAGCACAUGGAGUGUUAAUGAAUGUUAAUUUAUUUUAGCCAGAUAUAACUUUAUAAUAUGGGUAUACCAACCUCGUUCCCAGGGCAUUAUUACCUCUGUUUGCCAACAUCAAUUUUAAUGAAAUGAUUCUUCUUCUUGCCAAUCAUGCUUUUCGGGUUUAACAUGGGCAAUAUUGAUUUUUCUAAUCGAAUAUACUUCAAUGAAUUUGGCGCUGAAGUUUUAACUGGGCGAUGAUCAUACACAAUCAGAGAAAAAAAUAUCUAAAAUUAUAUACAAUAAUAUC